CUCUGUCGAUGCUCAGAAGAAAAAUAGACCCUGACGUGUCCCGACCAAAACGUCAACAUACCCAUUCGAUAUCUGAGAGCCCUGAUGAAUUAUAUCUGUAGAAGUGAUACAUGGUCUAGUUCUAGUAUCGUAUUUGAUAAUGACUGAAGGUGUAUCAUGUGUUCAGAAUGACUUGUCUAGAAUCGAUAUUAAUAGAUCUCCUGUUAGAAAGAAAAAGGUGUAUCCAAAGAGUCUAAUACCAGAUGGUCAACAACAACAUAGUUCACCGAAACAUUCCGGUUCAAGGAUCCCUUCUACUUCAUCUAGUCGAUUAUUAAGUUCAUCUGGGAAUGGGAUCAAUCCAAGAACUCCCUCUCGGAACAUUUCAUCCACAGCAAAAUCAAUGUCAACCAUUAAACACGCUCUGGAUAAGAGAAUCAUAAGUUACCCCAUGUCCGAGAAGCCUAUCUCUAAACAGCAAUAUCAAUUUUCAUUUAUGAAGGAAACCACUUCUUCGCUUCAGAAGAAACAAAGUAAUCCAUUUCAGGCAUCCAAAUAUUCAUCACCAAUGGCGUCAAAGAAGCGAGUAGAUCCUCAGAGAACUCGACGUUUCUUGUCUGCCACCUUAUCACAUGCUACCCAGCUUCAACCUCCUGCGAUUCCUUCAUCUCAUACAAUUCCUGUAGAUAUCACUAAUAUUGGCGUAUCACCCAAUAAACUGUUUAGUAAAGAUUUCAAUAAUGACUUUUCACCUAUAAGGCAGAGGUACACGACGAGGAGGAAUGUAUCACAGCCUGUAACAUCAUUUUCAAGUCAACCAUAUCUACCUGCCUCUGAAGCUUCUUCUUCUUCCUCAGCCUCAAAUUCAAAUUCAAAUUCAUCUAACGUUUUUACUAGAUUAUACCCAAGAUCUACCUUAUCAGAUAAUAAUCGUCAAGUACCUCCUCAAAGCGAUAAUAUUAUUCCCAAAAUAAAUUCAAUUCCAGAGAUGUAUAAAAUCCUUUUUGAAUCAAACGUUGAAUUAUUUGAUCCAUUACAAGUAGAUAACAGUCAUGAAGGUCUGACUUCUAUACCAAUAUUACCUGAUGAUACACUUCUCAACAAAUUAAAUGUCUAUGAAAGGGGUGAAAUUAUCAGAAAGCCCGAAGUCUUCUAUGUCCCAACAACUAUUAACAGGAAAAUAAAUAUCACAAGUUAUAGAUCUAAUUUUGGAUUUGAUGAUAAAAAUGGGAAUUAUAUAAUCAUCCCCAAUGAUCACAUCAAUUAUAGAUAUGAGGUUAUCAGUUUAUUGGGAAAUGGUUCCUUUGGGAACGUUGUAAAAGCUAAGGAUCAUAAAUUCAACAAGAUAGUCGCUGUAAAAAUAAUUAAAAAUGAUUUGAAUUGGUCUUUACAAUCCAUUAAUGAAAUAAAAAUGUUGAAAUUGUUGAAAGAGAAAAAUACAAAUGAAAACUUACUUGAAUACUAUGAUCAUUUUAAUUUUAGAAGUCAUAUGUGUAUUGUAACAGAACUCUUGACCAUAAAUUUAUAUACCCUUUUGGAAUUGAUCAAUUUCAGAGGAUUAUCCAUUCCAAUCAUUCAAAAAAUGUCAUGUCAAUUACUUCAAGGCUUGCAAUAUUUACAUCUGUUUAACAUAAUUCAUUGUGAUAUUAAACCUGAAAAUAUAAUGAUAAAUUUGCCAUCUGAUCCUCAAUCAAAUGAUAUUAAUGUAAAGAUAAUUGAUUUUGGUUCUUCUUGUUAUAAGAAUGAAAUUUCAUUUACAUAUAUUCAAUCAAGAUUUUAUAGAGCUCCUGAAAUUAUUAUGGGUGCAAAUUAUAGUGAGAAAAUAGAUAUAUGGUCACUAGGAUGUGUUGUUGUAGAAUUGUUUUUGGGAUUUCCUUUACUUCCAGGUAAGAAUGAAUUAGAACAAAUUGGAUUAAUUUUAGAAUAUUUUGGAGCUCCAAAGUCUACCACUAUAUUAAGAUUAAGAAGAGCUCUUAAUAAAUCUAGUGGAUAUUCAAAUAUCAAUUCUAAUAACCUACAAUUAACAUCAAUUAAUGAGAAACAAAUAAAGAAAACAUUACUAUUCAAAAUCUUUGAUGUUAAUGGGAAAAUCAAUAUGUCCCUUCUUAAUUUCCAUCUUAACAACUCCGGUAUGAGUAGUUUCAAUUCUUCAAAUAUAAAGAAACAAUAUAAAUUAAGUUCAAAGAGUUUAGAUAUCAGUUUGAAUUUGAAUAAAUAUUCAGAAAAUCAAACCUUAACUAAGUCAUUUACAAAAUUCUUGAAUAAAAUUUUUAUUUGGGAUCCGGUUGAAAGAGCAAGUGUUAGUGAUUUACUUAAUGAAGGGUUCUUACAAGAUAUCUAAAAUGUGGUAAAAAUGAAUAUUAGGCUGGUGUGCUCUAAUGUUCGUA